AUGUCGGAAGCCGAAGAAAAGUGUCAUUUCUGUCGAGAAGUGCCCUUCAAGUACUCCUGCCCCAAAUGCAAUGCGCUCUACUGCAGUGUGGGAUGCUACAAGUCCAAGGAGCACCUCAAAUGCUCUGAGGAAUUCUACAAAUCCUGCAUUCAGGACGAACUGUCCGGAGCCACGGUAACGCAGGAGAGCCAGGAGGACGUGAGGAAAAUAUACGACAUACUAAAAAGGAUGCGGGAAUCGGAAGGAGGCUUCAACCCGCAGGACUUUGAUACAGAUGGCUUGGAAAAUCCCUUGGAUUCGGACGGCGGCGAGGAAGGAGAACCAGAAGAAGAUGAUGGGGAAGAGAACGGCUUUGAAGCAGAAGAUCCACUGGAAGAAGAGCUUGAAGAAGACAUAGCAGCUCGACUUAAAGGCGUCGAUAUCAACGAUGCGGAUGAGGUUUGGAGCCGGCUCACCACGGAGGAGCAGGAGGAGUUCCAGAAACUAAUCACGAACGGCGACAUCAUGAAGCUCAUGCCGGACUACAAGCCCUGGUGGAACAAGCCGAAGAACUCCAAGAUAGUGGUUAUUCCCACGCCCGAAGAGGCUGCCAAAAAGGAGAGCUCUGCCCCUGAAAUAUAUGCGAAUAUUGCCAAGUUCUCGGACAUUUGCAAAAAGACUCCUUCGCCGUGCCUGCACUUCAAUCUGUGGAACAUCCUGAGCGCCUACGCAUGCGUGGCUCGCUUCUUUGGCGGCGAACAGAGAACCAAUGCCAGUGAAGCGGUGGCCCAUCUUGUGAAUCUCAGCGCCACCUUGAAGUAUGGCACCAACUUCGAGGAUGCCGAGGACGCUAUUGUCUCAGUCGAGAUGGAGGCCAUCACCACGGGCAAUGGUCCUGCGGGUGCCGCAGCCGUGGGAAGUGCGGGAGCAGGAGCGAAUUUCCUCGUGGAAAGCCGCGAGCAACUGCAGCAGGAUGCCCGCCAGUUGAUGGCCACCAGGGACCACAAAUUGGCCGCCCUGAGCGAUGUUCUCCACCUCCUACAGCAGACAAAGGCCAUGAGCCGGCGAAAGAAUCCGCAGGAAGCCGAGUUCCAGAAACUAUUCGCCCUGGCCAGCGGAAGUGUUGAGCUGGAUCGCACGAAGCUGGCGCAGCUGGUGCGCAAGAUCGAGUUCAUGCUGUCGUAUGUGGCGCGGGAAGAGGUCCUCUGAGAUUUCUGUCAAAAUAUAAAAUUCCAAAUUCCAUA